CUGUAAAGCCUAGCAGACACCCAAAUCCUCCUUCCAAAACCCUAAUUCUCAUUUUCCAAGUUAAAAUAAGCUCACAAUGGAAUACGAUGUGUGUCGAAAUUGAGAUUACAUGAUUGAGUUGAGGAAGUGGAUGGCGUGAUGACCUGCAAUGGAAACCCCAAAUGGUUGACAACAGCCUUGACCCUUGUAGUUGCUGCUAUCUCUGCUUCCACGACCAUUUCUCUUUACUUUUGGAAGAAGAAAUCAAAAGAUUUGGAAACGAAGGUUGGAGAACUUAAGACUGCUCUUAAUUCCUCCGUCAAAAAGUGCGCUGCUGAAAGAAAAGGUCGAAUUAGGGCUCAACAGGGUUUGCGGAAAGCUCUGACGCAAUCCAAGUCUGAGAAUUUACAGCGGACUUCUUAUCCUCUGACUCCUAUUGGUAUUGUUCACUCUUGCUUCUCUACCAGAAAUGGCACUCCAAGGCAACCUUUACUUGUCCCACUUGCAAAGGCAUCUUUGGUUUUUGAUCCAUCUCGGGUACCUGUAGCUUCCCUUGAGGGUCUUGAAGAAUAUUCUCAUUGCUGGAUUCUAUAUGUGUUUCAUCUAAAUACGGAUUUGGAUAAAUUAUGGAAUCCACAUUUUAAUUCAAAGUUCAAGGCUAAGGUGAGAGUCCCAAGACUUAAAGGUGGACGGAUGGGAGUCUUUGCCACACGAUCACCACAUCGACCAUGCCCCAUUGGGCUAACUGUUGCAAAGGUGGAGGCAGUCCAGGGAAACAAGAUUCUACUAUCUGGUGUGGAUUUGGUUGAUGGAACACCAGUACUUGAUAUCAAACCUUAUCUCCCAUAUUGCGACAGCGUUCAAGAAGCAACGGUGCCAAAGUGGGUAAUGGUUGACAAUAUGCUGACUGUGACUUCUGUUAGCUUCUCUGAUGGAUUCUCUUCUGCACUGUCUGAUUGUUGGCAAACAAGAGAAAACAAGACACUUUAUGAAUCACCUGAUGAACUCCUGAGCUUGAUCAAGCAGGUCCUUUCCUGGGAUAUUCGAUCUGUCUCUCAAAGAAACCGACCCCAUGGUUCCCUUGUAACAGGAAAUUACGAAGCAUCACAGAACAGUUUAGAUUUGGAUGAUUACCAAGAUGAAGAGGCUUCUGACUCUGAAACUGAGCAGGCUCGUAGUUCUUGCAAAGACUUAGUUUAUCACCUUAAUUUGGAAGGGUUGGAUAUCUCAUACCGAAUCGACUCCAAUGGCAACGUGGUGGUAGAGGAUGUCACAAUUUCCUCAAACAUUCCAAAUGGCAAUCAAAAUCAUUAGGUGGCAGAUCAACGAGUGUGAACAGGUCAGUGUUUUCUAUCUCCCCGCUCCUGAACACCUUUUGAUGCGUUUCAAUGAAUUUGAUUACGUUUUUUUGCAGGCAAGACCUAUCGGAAGGACACUGAAAGCUAAUUGUUAGCAUGCAACUAACCAAAGAGUAAAAUUUCAUGGAAGUUUGUGAGAUCCAUAACAAGAAUAGCAAACUACAGCUCGUCUGGUGUGAUUACGUCCCUUGGUACUCUUGAUGAAUGUACAAUGUGCGCUAUCGUAUGUAAUAGCUAAUCUUGUUGAUGCUGACUCUAUUGUUCAAUAAAUUUUAGGGAAUUACUGUUUGUAUAUUUUGGUAUUAUCACCAUUGUUGCUAUGGUUUGUCGUG